UCAGGAACCGGUGCUACUACCAUGGAGAACGUGGAAAUAUUUAACACAGCUGAAAAGGGGAGGGGUCUGAAGGCUACCAAGGAGUUUUGGGCUGGAGAUGUCAUUUUUUCUGAGCCUGGUCUUUCAGCUGUUGUGUUUGACAGUCUGGCAGAGAAUAUUUGCCACAGCUGUUUCCGUAGACAAGAGAAGCUCCAAAGGUGUGGCCAGUGCAAAUUUGCUCAUUACUGUGAUCGAACCUGCCAGCGGGCCGGCUGGGCUGAACACAAGCAAGAAUGUGGUGCCAUCAAAUCUUAUGGCAAGGCACCCAAUGAGAGCAUCCGUUUGGUGGCCCGCAUCAUGUGGCGCCUCGACAAGGAGGGCAGCAUAGUAUCUGACAUGCAGCUGACCACACUGGACGAACUGGAAGACCACAUUACUGACAUGCAAGAGGAUGAGCUGAAGGAACUGAAAGUGGACAUCCACAAUUUCCUGGAGUACUGGCCUCGUGGCUGCAAGCAGCAUACGCUUGACGCUGUCUCUCAUAUGUUUGGAGUGGUUAACUGCAAUGGCUUUAGUGUGAGUGACCAAAGGGGACUUCAGGCAGUCGGAGUGGGUCUCUUCCCGAAUCUGUGUCUUGUGAAUCAUGACUGCUGGCCAAACUGUACUGUCAUCCUCAACCAUGGAAAGAUUGAACUGCGUGCUCUGGGUAAGAUUGAAGAAGGAGAGGAGCUAACAGUGGCGUAUGUAGACUUCUUGAAUUUGACUGAGGAGAGACAAAGACACCUGAAAUCACAAUACUUCUUUGAAUGCACAUGUGAACACUGCAAAAACCACAUCAAAGAUGACUUAAAACUGGCGGGAAAGGAAGUGGAUGGAGUCAAGCCUUCAGAGGAGCAGGUAAAAGAGGCAACAGAUUUUUGCUGGAAAAUGCUGGAGAAGAUGGAAGAGGCUCGUUUAAAGGGAGACUACCAUGAGGUGGUAAAAAUCUGCAAAGAGUGCAUAGAAAAAACAGACCCAGUCUUGGCUGACACUCACAUCUACCUGCUGAGGAUUUGGAGCACAUUAAGUGAAGUGCAAGCCUACUUGCAGUACUUCGACGAUGCUGCAGACUACGCCCGCAAAAUGGUGGAGGGUUACAUGAAGCUGUACCACCCAAACAACGCUGCUCUUGGCAUGGCCGCUAUGCGAGCAGGAGUGACCCACUGGCAGGCUGGGCAGAUAGAAAUUGCUCACGGGAUGAUCUGCAAGGCCUAUGCCAUUAUCAUGGUCACUCACGGCCCAACACAUCCCAUCACCAAGGACCUUGAAGCAAUGCGCGUACAGACAGAGAUGGAGCUGAGGAUGUUUAAGCAGAAUGAAUACGUUUACCACAGUAUGAGAGAGGCGGCCCUGAAGAACAAACCAAUGACCAUGCUGCAUGAACCCAAGUCUGUGGAGGAGGGAAUCAAGAACCUCUUCCACCGGAGGAAAUAAUUGCUGGACUGCAGACAUUGUUUACCAUAAACAGUUUGAGUAUUGGUGUGUGAAUCUACCCAUAUACUGUAGUCACAUGGUUUUCUGUAUCACUUGCUUUUCUUAUACUUUUCACUAAAAAGAUGUCACACCAAACUUG